AUGACCCCAAACAUCCCCCGCAUUUCCCUUGGCGGCUCAGAGGUGCCGUCCGUCCGCGUCGGCGAUGGGCCCAUCUACCCCUCGGGCGCCACCACGAGUCCGGAUUCGAGCUCGGAGAGCGGUGCGGUGGCGAAUGACGCCAACGCCAACGCUAAGCUCGCUGCCCUCGCGACUCGCCUCGAGACGAUCGAAGCCAAGGUCGCCGCGCUGCACGUCAAGCUCGAUGCGAUUAUCGACCACCUCGGCGUUGACCGCGACUAG